AUCUCACUGUUAACCAUCAAGGUGCCAGGGUGAUCAUGGCCUGCAGAGACAUUCCUAAAGCCUACACUGCCGCAGAUGAGAUUCGACAGAAGACUGGGAACGGUAACAUUGUGGUGAAAAAACUGGACCUCGCUUCGCUGAAGUCUGUCAGGGAGCUGGCCAAAUACGUCCAGGAGAACGAGAAACGCCUCGACGUCCUUAUUAACAAUGCAGGUAUUAUGAUGUGUCCUAAGUGGAAGACAGAGGAUGGUUUUGAAAUGCAGUUCGGGGUCAACCACCUCGGACCUUUUCUUCUCACCAACUGUCUCCUGGACCUGCUGAAGAAGUCGGCUCCAAGCCGGGUUGUCGUCGUUUCAAGCGUCGCUCAUGUGACAGGCAGCAUACACUUUGAUGACAUUAACCUGGACCGAAACUAUGAUAAUUUGGUGAGCUAUCGACAAAGCAAGCUGGCAAACAUUCUCUUCGCCAGGGAACUGGCUGCAAGACUGCAAGGCACUGGAGUAACAGUGUACAGCCUUCACCCUGGUUUCAUUCGCACUGAGUUAGUGCGCCACCUGUUUCCCCAGUGGGCUUGGUGGAAGAAGAUGUUAGCCUCCGUUGCAAUGAUGAUUGUCAAGAGUCCGUGGGAGGGAGCGCAAACCACCAUCUACUGCGCCGUGGAGGAGAGUCUGGCAAACGAGAGCGGCCUCUAUUACAGCGACUGCGCUCGCAAAAAGCCAGCGGCUCCAGCUCUGGAUGACGCCGCCGCCAAGAGGCUGUGGGAGCUCAGCGCCUCUAUGGUCGGUCUUUCCUAAACGUGUUCGCUGCCUCCUACCAGCGGAGAUGGUAGCACCCUUUAACAUGGAAAAGCUCUUUUAAUUCAUUAUCACUUUUGCAAUCACUGAAAAGCAUUUUAUUAAGAUGUUUUUACAUUUAUAUUGGAUCACUUAGAUGCUUUCAGCACAAUUAUUUGCACUAUUUUUACUUUAUUCCAGUGAAGUCUUGCCUGAUAUAAAGAGGCGCUAAGCUUUAUUUUGAUACCAUGAACAAAAUGUGUUCAACAUGUUUUUUUUGGUGUAAGAGUGAAUAUAAUAGUGAAAACACGGUGGGAUGUCAGAACCCAGAAGUACAACAGGAUGCAGAAUGGGUUUCGGUUCUGUUUCAUUCCACUGCAGCAAAUGAGAUGCUAGUUAAAGCAGCUAAAGCAAUCAUUCCAGGCGUAUCCUAACUUUUGAAAUUUUGCUCUUACAAAAAAACUCCCCAGAAAAAAAACUAAACUAAAUGCCCUUUAAAAAAAACCCAAACGUCUCUUUCUGGAGAUAUUGGAGAUUUUUACUAAUCCUUUUAAAGCAUUUACGAGUUACCUUGUUAUGACGUCUAAAUCUCAGGUUCACUGUAGUUGUAUUAUGUAGAGUAGUUUUAUAUAGUUUUGUAUCAAAAGGGACAAAAAUACACAACUAAAGCAAAAUCCUUUAUUCGACUAACAACUUUUAUCUGGUACAGCAAAAUUCAUCAGCCCUCUCCUUUUCCUAUUAUUUCUUUAAAUAACAAAACACACUGAAACCAGGGCUGACCCAAGCCUCAUGGGGCUCUAAAAAAUAUUUUGGGGCCAAUCACAUCUGUAGCUACAAUGGACAGUCCGAUGAUCAAAAAACAAACUCAUUGCAGAUCUUGCAUUGAUUUUUUUCACAGUCCUCUAUAUAUAUGCAUUGUGAAUAAGUAAUUAUUUUGAUGUAAAAAUACAUCUAAAUUUUGUUGCUAUAUUUACAUAGAAAUCAUUAAACCAGCCCCCAUUAUUUGUUCUUAGGGCCCCUAGUUGCCCUGGGGCCCUAAGCACUCAAUUACUUUGCUAAUGCUUGUGGCCGGCCCUGGACUUUAUAAAACUCUGUAAAACGAGAUAAGACUGUUUUUCUGUGGAGGUUAUGGUAAAUAAAACUUCCACUGAUCGUCCAGCUAAACAGGAGGCACUUCUAAAUUAAUCCAUAUUAUUCCUUUAUCACUACAAACACUAAUUCUCAAACUGUUAUCUAAAUCUCUGUUACAUUGACUGAAAACUCCAAAACAUAAGAUUUUGUACCGUGUUAUUGUCGUUGGAACAUUCAAACUAACUAAUGUAACUGUGCGUUUUAAAUGCAUGUUUAAUCAUAAAUCUCAGGAAAUGUCGACUCAUCAAAAAGCUUUAAACUGCAAAAAGAAAACUAAGAAGGCAGCUGAACAGAAAUCAGCCACUAAUUCCACACACUGGAGGAACAAUGUUGUAAUCUACUCCACAUGAGCAGAUUUAUGAGAUUAGUGAAGUCACCAAAGCAGGACUAAAAGUGCCAAAUCAAAGGAAACGUGUGUCCCAUUAAAUUGGGUCAAUACUCAUAUAAACAAGAUAAAGGUCUGCAGGAAAAAAACACUAAUUAGUUGGGGAAGUAAAAUUUUAGAGACUUGUUUUAACUAGAAGAUUAGAUGAUAUCUCCUCACUUUUGGUCCGUAUAGCUUUGGAUUGAGGUUGGGAUUAAGAAGGGAAAAUGUUAUCCCAGCUUUUAUGGGAUUCAUUGCAAUGAAUGUGAUAAAGUCUGAUCCGCUGCAACAUUAGAACAGAAGAAACAUUUCAAGUUCUCUAGCGAAAAAAAAAAACCCUCACCUGACUUUAAAAAAAAUCCUAAACCCCUAAAGUUUUAGAGUAAAAACACAAUUCCCGAUGCAUACCUAUGGAGUGAAUUUGGUUCCAUUAUUGUUGCAAGCAAAACGCACGGUUUGCAAAUGAAGUUUGAAGAAAAAAAUGCAACCCAGAAAUAAAAGUUUUCUAUUUUUUUCAGAUAAUAACUUUUGAAUUUCCUUUCUUUCAAAUUUUCUCUAUAAUUGUGUAUUCAGAUUUUUUUAAUUAUUUUUUAAUUUAAUGUAAAACUUAAUCUGAAAAAUAGAAUUUGAAAAUAAUUAAAUGAAAAAUACAAAAUUUACAAAAGGAACAGAAGCACAAACCUCCGCCAAGCAGCACAUUUUCCCCCAUAUUGUGACUUUCCACCGACAACUAGAACUCACACAGGAUCUGGAUCAUUAGCAAGUCUUAAUAAAUUGUUCCUUUGCAUGAGAAACACCUCUGGUAACAAAUUCCUAUUAUAAGUUUAUAAAUUAGGCAGAGUUUGUCUGCAGCCUCUGGUGUUUGUUCUGCUCUCUCCUUCAUUUACUCUGCUUUCUACUUUUAUCAGCGAAUUGAGACUUUGAGCGAGGAUGGCUCACAUUUCCGGUGUUUUUGUCUGCAGUAUAAUACUUCUGGACUGUUUUGAGUCGGAUGAUGAGGCUGUCAAUAGUCACUGCUUUUGGUUUUCAGGGGAACUGCUUGUUCCGACAAAUAGUGUUAAAGAAUAUUUUAAAAUGUUCCUGCAUCCGGGUAAUGAUGUUGAUCAUCACCACAUUUUGCAUGGAUUGUUCCUUCGACUAAGAUGCAUCUUUGUUAAAAAUUUCCUUGAAAUCUAUUUAUUACUUUUCAAGUUAUCCUGCAAACAGACAGUCAGACAGACAAGAGCAAACAAAAACUAAAGCAUAAAAAAACUUAACUUCCUUGGCGGAGGUAAUUCAAGAAAAAAAACAAAAAAAAAAC